AGAAAACGGCCAUGCUGGGCAAUGUAGGAGACAGUGAACGCCAGGAGGUGGCAGUAGUGCAGCAUACGUGCCGUCAUUUAAGUUAAAGAAGAAGAGGAUGAAGCUCUACGACGUCAUCAAACUGCGACCGUGUUAUGUCAACUCAAGCCGAAGAGCGAAGAGUGAAGUUUGGACUACCGUUCCUCCUGCCUUUAACGUUGUCAAGUGUUUGGCGUUGAAUGAGGUGCAGCUUUUCUGCCACUGCUGUUUCAUAAGUGCUGCUGCUGCCAGGAUGGGCCAGCAGCUCUCAGGUCAGGCGGUGAUGACCCGUCUGCCUGAGAAGCUGGUGAAACACGCCGGACUGGUGCGUGACAGCGGCUACCUGACCUACGAGGAGUUUCUGGCGAGGGUGGCCGAACUUAACGACGUUACGGCCAAGCUAGCGACUGGACAGCAGAAGCACCUGCUGUUUGAGGUGCAGCCAGGGUCCGAUUCCACGGCCCUGUGGAAGGUGGCUGUAAGGGUCCUCUGCACCAAGAUCAACAAAGAGAGCGGCACGAUGGAAGCGUCGCGCAUCAUGAACCUGUACCAGUUCAUCCAGCUGUACCGUGACGUCACCAGCCAGGCUGCUGAGGUGCUGUCUGCGGAGGGCGCCACCGAGGGCCCAUCGGCCCGGCUGCCCUCAGCCGACUCCUGCCAGGCCAGCAUGUGGAUGGGCAGAGUGAAGCAGCUGACGGACGAGGAGGAGUGCUGCAUCUGCAUGGACGGAAAGGCCGACCUCAUCCUGCCCUGUGCGCACAGCUUCUGCCAGAAGUGCAUCGAUAAAUGGAGCGGGCAGAGCCGAAACUGUCCCAUAUGUCGCCUGCAAGUGACCGCGGCCAACGACUCGUGGGUGAUGUCCGAUUUCCCCACAGGGGACGACAUCGCCGGCUACAUCCUCAACUUGGCGGAUGAGGCGGGCCAUCCGCACAGGCCUUAACGCACAGCACCACGGCGCCCAGUGGGUGGCGGGAGGAGUCGACUCGCACCAAGUACACUUUGACAAGUCGCAACACAGAAGGUCACUUCCACAGAGGAGGAGGGUUUCUUUUUGUUUUUCCAGAGCAAAGAUAGAGUAAAGAUUCCUUUUGGUUCCCAGAGAAAAUUAAACCGUUGUCUCUUUUAAGUCCUUUGAAAACAAAACAAAACAAAAACCUGGAUGCUCUUUGUAAAAAGUGUUGUACAUGUGGUGCUUUAUGGGAAAUGUGUGUGAUAAUACGUCGUCCGUAUGUAAAGAGAUUAUAAUUACUAACUAUUAAUCCGACACACCAGAAGUGCAGCUCUCACAUUAAUAUCCGGCUUGGUUCAUUCCCUACGGGUGAGGAAGACUGGUGUUGAAAACAGGAGGACGAGACAGAGGCUGAGACUAAGGAGCCAUCGUCAGUCUGACUCGGCGGUCGUGAAAUUCCAAACGAAUAGUUGGAUGUUAGUUGGGUAAUGUGCUUCUUCACUUCCUUUGGGAUCGUUGGAUGAUCAUCUCAUCCGACUCUCCGGAAGAAACUGAAUCCGUUCCCCAAAAUGUUGAACUUUUGUGUGUACAGAAGCAGUUUUAUGAUUUAAAAUGACUGCUUGCUGAGGUGUUAUUUUCACUGUUGGAGAUAACCACUAUUUUACAUCUACGCUUUCUCAUCUUUUUACUUUGUAUUUAUAUAUAUAUUUUUAAUUUACCAUAAUUUUAUUAUGGUUAUUUUAAUCUAACUGCUGGUAGAGGUACUAAAGGUACCCAUUCUGUUAAGAUAAUUGUAGCUUUUAAAAUUGCAGAGUAGGCAUUUUCUUAUUAGAUAAUGUGAAUAAUCCUAAUUUAACAGACCAUAAACAUGUGAAGUUUAAGUUGUCAAAGCUUAAAAACUGCACUUUGAAACCUCACUGUAGCUUUCUCUAACUUUGUGAACAGCAACAACAGAUAAAUUCAUCUCUGUGGUGAAAUACAUCAUCCGACAUUUUAAAUACAUCAAUCCUUUUACAGCAGUACAGCCAAACGUUAUGCAACUUUAGGAGAUAUUUUAAGAAUUAUAUAUCAACUUCCAUAUGAGAAUACUGUAAAAUAUUUGAUCUGACACAUAACUUGUAUAUCAAAUUUGCUGAAUGGAAGGUGUAUUGAAAUUGAUUUGUACUGUAUUGUACUAUGAUAAAUAAAGAGAUAUUCACUUUUUUGCACUUUAAGGAAAUAAAUCUCUUUAAAUUUGUUUGCCAUUUUUGGUUUGCAAAAAAAGACAAAAAGAAAACAGUGUUUGAUAUUUUUGCACUGUAUAAUCUCCUUUUUCUGUGUUUCCCUUGUAAUGGUAUGCUCGGUAAUGAUUUAGAGUGUCAUUCUCGUUACAUGGACAAUAUUUGAAAGAAUGAAUUCUAAUCUUA